AUGAACAGUAACAGGAUAUCUCAAGAUCGAAGGCGAAGUCCGUUCAACCGUACAUCUAAAACGUCAGUGACAACAUGUACAAGGUUUGGCGGUAAACACGAUGAACAACAGAAAUGUCCAGCUAUAGGAGCUACUUGUCAUAAGUGCAAAAAACCUAACCACUACUCGAGAAUGUGCAGGACUAGAACAAAUGAAAAGAACGUUCAUAGUCACGAAGCCGAAGCGAGCACACGAAAUAGCGACAGUGAAAGCAAUGAUAGUUUUUUCAUUGGCGCCAUACACGCCCAAGACGAAAACAAAGAAUGGACGACAUCCCUGAAAGUAAACAAUACAAAUGUUAUGUUCAAAAUCGAUACUGGAGCCGAAUGCAAUGUGAUUUCAAAAAAGACGUAUGAGGAACUUAGUAAAACCCUCUUAGAAAAAUCGCGAACAAAGCUCGGAGCGUUUGGAGGGCAAAAGUUAAAAACAACUGGAAAAUUUACAACGUUAUGUACAUAUCGUGACAAAUAUUGGCCAAUUGAGUUUCAAGUCGUAAAUCAUGAAGUUCCAAAUAUACUUGGACUUACAACUUGCCUUCAGUUAAAUCUUGUAAAACGAGUGCUAACUAUCGACAAAAAAGAAUGCGUCGAGUUGACGUCCACCGCACGUGAGGAUAUUUUCGAACAGUACAGUGAUGUGUUUACUGGGUUAGGUUGUGUUAAAGGCGUAGUACACCACAUUGAAACUGACCCUACUGUAAAACCGGUAAGGCCACUCCAAAUUAGACUUUAGUUUCCCGUCCGGCCCUUAUUUCAAAUUACACGCGGGCGGGGCGAUUUCCAUUAUCCAUUAUGGUGUCUGAAAGAUGAAACACGACCCAUUAUUUCAUGAAAUAGAUACGAGUUUUAAAUAUCCAUUCAGCCACGUUUCUACGCAAUAUUUUAGAGUUUUUGUAUGCAGAAAUGAAAGCCAGGAUAUUAACCUUAUCGGUUUUGACGUUCAAAAAUCAAAACUUGUAACGGAAGAGUGUAGCUCAGCAGUUCGUAGUGAAAACGGAAAAAAAUUCACGCUCUUUGAUAAAAGUUUCAAGAAUUUUAUUUCGAUUUUUACGUGUUGUAUCAUAAAUACGUAUGUCUUGCACGAUAGAUUAUUUGAAAACUGUGGUUUUUCGUAAUUGUUUGUCACAAAAGUCAAAUAAUGGAAACAACUUCGCGGCAAUAAUGGACAAACCAUGCGGCCAGUUCUAGGAGACGCGGGCGGAGGACGGGAAACUAAAGUCUAAUUUGGAGUGGCCUAAUUCACCCACCGCGUCGAGUUUCAGCACCCUUGCGACAAAAAGUUAAGGACGAACUGGAUCGUAUGGAAAGUCUCUGAGUAAUAGAGCGAGUUCAACAGCCAACGGAAUGGGUAAAUAGUUUAGUAACUGUCGUAAAACCCAAUGGAAAAAUACGAUUGUGUAUUGACCCGAAAGACUUAAAUCGCGCAAUUAAACGUGAACAGUAUCCUAUGAAAACUAUAGAAGAAGUUAUCUCGCGAAUGCCGAAUGCCAAAUUCUUCUCGAAGCUUGAUGCUACCCAAGGCUACUGGCAAGUACAACUUGAUGACGAAAGUGCAACGAAAAUAUGUACAUUUAGGCUAUGUUUACAUUGUAUCGGAUCAGUUUUUGUUUCGUUCGCGAAAAGUUACGGCCCGAGUGUAAACAGCUUCCGCCCCGCCCAUCUAUGCCGUCGUAUUUUUUUCUAUAUAUUAUUAGAAUAGUAAGUUGUUGUUUGCCAGAUUCCAUCCGAGUCACGCACUGAACCGAAAUUGCUCCGAUUGGUGUUUACAUUACAAUGAGAGCGUUGCAAAAACCGAUCCGAUACACCGCGCACCACUUCGAAGAGCGAACCGCCGCACCACCGGUUCGUUGCAGAAAUUGAGACGAUAACAACAUUUCAUAUGUAAACAGAAGCCCUAUCCGGUAUGGUUUUUGCGUCGGACGCAAAGUGAUCCGAUACAAUGUAAACAUAGCCUUAAUACACCGUUUGGUCGAUACCGUUUUCAUCGUCUGCCAUUCGGAAGUGUUUCAGCGUAUUAUGUCUCAAAUUUUUUAUGGCAAUGAAGGAAUCGAAGUUAUUGUCGAUGAUUUAUUAAUCUGGGGUGAAACUCGAGAACAACACGAUGAACGUUUGAAACAAGCAUUAGAAAGAGCUCGCGAAGCUGGAGUGAAACUUAACAAGGAUAAAUGUGAAAUUGGACUACAACAAGUAACUUAUAUUGGACAUACGUUGAGUUCAAAUGGAUUAAAACCGGAUGUGAACAAAGUCGAAGCUAUCAAAACAAUGGAUACACCGACAGAUAAGGCAGCAGUCCAGAGAUUUCCCGGGAUGGCAACGUACCUUGCUAAACUUAUCCCAAAUUCCUCACAAUUAGCUGCUCCCCUGCGAAUGCUACUUGAAAAGAACACGGCAUGGCACUGGGAUGUGCAGCAACAAAACAGUUUCGAAAGAUUAAAGCAAACAAUAACAAAUGCACCUGUUUUGAAAUAUUAUGAUGUAAACAAACAUGUAACUAUUCAAGUUGAUGCUAGCCCUGAUGGGUUAGGAGCUGUCCUUUUACAGGACGAGCGCCCAGUCGCAUAUGCAUCACGGUCAUUAACACAAACACAACGAAACUAUGCGUAG